AUGGCGGCCACAAGACAAUUAAAGCAGCAGAUUACAGAUUUAUUAAUGAACGAUAAAAGCAUUCUAAAUUCGAUUGCUGAGGUAGUCUCCUUAACCGCAACAAUUCAAAAGAUUGCUGUUAAUAUUGUCCAGAACACUGAAUUUGUCAAGUCCGUCACGAGCAAACUUGGUAAUCAAAAGGACGCCAUCAAGCAAGAGCUAUAUGAGUCAAUUUUGUUUGAUAGCAGUGAGGACAAGAAUAAGAUAAAGCAGCUUGAGGAGCUCUGCAAUGAAUUGCAAAGAAAAAACAAAGAUUUAGAGUGGGAAUUCGAAAGUCUCGAACAGUAUGGUCGACGUAACUGCUUACUCAUUCAUGGAGUUGCUGAACGGUCAAAUGAAUUGACAGAGGAUACGGAUGCCAUAGCUAUUGACAUUGUCAGAAACAAGCUAGGUCUGGAGAUUGAAAGGACGCAACUAGACAGAUCGCAUAGACUUGGGAGAAGAAAUAUAUCACAAACAAGAUCGAAGCCUCGUCCAAUUAUUUUAAAAUUUGUAUCGUACAAUGUAAGAAGCGAAGUCUUUCGUCGAAAGCGGAGACUUAAAGGGUCUGGCUUGGGCGUAACAGAAAGUCUGACAAGGAAGAGAAUGGAUCUAUAUUCAACAGUAAAUAAUCAUUCAAAUGUCUCAUCCGCAUGGACUUUAGACGGUAGGAUUAUUGCGUUGAGAAACGAUCAAAGAAAAAUAAUUGUUGAAUCUCAUAAAGAUUUAAGCAAACUGUAG